UAAUUGGCCCAAACUAAAAACACAACACAAACUUUAUAAUAAUAAUAAUAAAUAAAACUAUAAUCCCGGUCCAUAACCGACCCACGGAAGUGAGCCGAAGCCCGUUUCCACCACAUGCUCUUCAUGCUCUAGGGGCAACAAUCGUAACCCACCGAAGUCACUGGAUGACCACCGAGGCGGGCAGUAGUCGCUGCCUGACUGGCCGAUGACGUAGCUAUGCGGUGAAUACUACGUACUUUUUUUUUUAACUUAUUCAUUUUUUCUAAAUGUAAAAAUAAUUUUAAAGCUAAAUACGAUCCCUCAACUUUCAUCUCCUCCUAAAUCCCCAACCAAACUAGUUCCUUCUCUGCUCUGCCCCUGUAAAUGGAAUUUAAGCUUAGUGGAAAUGAACUCAAAACCUUCUCUCGGUCCAUGACAUGCUUGGCUCGCAUUGGCAACGAGCUUGUUAUUCAAGCAUCCAAUUCACUGCUUACUCUUGUCACACUAAAUUCAUCUAGGACUGCUCAUCUGUCCAUCACAUUUAAGCCUGAAUUUUUUAAUGUCUACACAGUGUCAGCUGACCAGGUGAAAUGUAGUGUUCUCUUGAAGGCUGUUUGUUCCGUAUUAAGAACACCCUUUGCUAGUAUCGACCAUUUGACUGUGUCGUUACCUGAUCCUGAUGCAUCUAAGUUGCUGUGGACAUUGGAUUGUUACAAUGGGAUCAGGAAAGCCUAUUGGACAAAUUGCAAUGUUAGACCUGAGAUACAACAGCUAUCCCUAGAUAGGAGCAAGCUUCCUAGCAACUUUGUGGUGAGACCACGUGAUCUCAAUAGGUUAUUAUCUAAUUUUCAGGCAUACCUUCAGGAGAUCACAGUAAUAGCAACCGAACCUUCCUCCUUACCUUCUUCUGAUGCUGAAAAUGAAAUUGGAGGAAAGUGUGUUGAGCUUAGAAGCUAUAUAGAUCCAACAAAAGAAAAUGAUUCAUCACUGCACACACAGUUAUGGAUAGACCCCACAGAAGAGUUUUUGCAGUACACCCACACCGGAAAUCCAGUAGAUGUGACAUUUGGAGUGAAAGAUUUUAAGGCGUUUGUUUCGUUCUGUGAGGGAUGUGAAGUUGAUGUACGCUUCCAUUUCAGUGUGGCCGGCGAGCCAGUUCUGAUGGAACCGAAGUUUGGUUUAGACGAUGGCUCUGGUUCAAACUUUGAUGCAUCUUUGGUGCUUGCGACCAUGCUCACAUCACAAAUCAAUAAUGUGAACUCCACAGGCGGUCCCCAAGCAGUGAAUUCAAACGGUCAGGCUGCUGAUCAGUCAAAAGGGGCCGAAACACAUGAUGGGUCAAGAGGGGAUAAUUCUGAGCCCCCAUCUGAUCACACCAGAAUUUGGUCUGACCUUUCAGGAAGUGGUAGAAACCAGAUUAUUAAUGAGCAGCAAGAGAUUCUGAGAGUCGGUUCCAUUAACAUUUCUGGAGGUGGAGCUACAACAGGAAAUGUGGUUUCUGGUGCUAACAACUGCAAUAAUGAGGAAACAGAUCACACAAAGGAGACACAAGGCAGGACAGAAAGUACGCGUCAUGCUUCUCAAUAUCAUCCAAACAACUGGAUAGAUGCGUGUGAAGAAGAUGAUGAAGAUGAAGAUGAUCCAGAGUUUGUUGUAGAGGCAACACCACCCCAUCAUUAAGAGCUGUCUUUGCAAGCAUUCUUUUUAAUCUUUAUAUGAACCAGCACUCCAGAGCGUGCACGUCUCCAGAUUUUGAUUAUAAAGGCUUUUGAUGACGAUGACUCGGGUUGGGUGUUUGUGUUAUUUGUAUGUCUAUGCUCAAGGCUUGGUGAUUAUGAUUUAUUUAACUAACUAGUAAAUGAUAGACAAAGUUGGUUGUUUGAUCUGUCUUGACUUCUAGAAUAGCUUCACUUUACGAAUGCUUUAAUGGUACAAUAUCUAGAAAAUGCUUAGUCAAUAUUAAAGUCUUUAUGACUUUAUGUUAAAGUCACGUUGGAAACCUUACAAAAAAGGGUUUUGACUGGGAAAUUAC